CCAUGCCAUUCAUUCAUCAGAGACGAAUGUAACUGGUCAGUCAGCCGAUUCACUACAUCUACACGCAGUCAUUACAUCCACACAACACAAAAGCAGUCCAGAAAAACGAAAGUCCUGAGGUCAUCCCAGCCUCUUCCUGUCUCAGUCGAUGCCCAGCGACACGAACAGUCCGGUCCUCAACAGACGCCCCAGCUGGCCCCACUCGAAUUGGCAGUCCUGGUCGCCCAGGUGCUCGUUGAAGCCCUUGAUCACACCCACAACACCAUGCUGCGCCGCCUCGUCCAGCCGGGCCCGAUGCACCACCUCUCGCACGCCCACCACUUGCCCCCCGUUGCCAGCGGCACGAAUGGCGAAGCACUGCAGCGGCGGCACGGUCACCUUGACGCGCUUGUCGCCCUGCUGCUCGUACCUCGUCUCGCCCACCGCCUCCCUGUUGCCGCUCGUCUGUGUGGCCGCCGACUUGACGAAGUGGUCCACGGCCGCCUUGACGCGACGUUUGAGCCCCGUGUCGAAGAUGAGGUACUCGUCGAUGGCCGCCCCGGCAGCGGAGGGCUCGUGCAGGAAGGCGCCGAUCUUCCAGCCGAUGCCCUCUGCCUCGUGUGGUCCGAAUGCCAUGUUGGAUGGGGAGGGGUGGGGGUGGGCGCCGUCGUGGUGGGGGGCGAGGGGCAGCAGACGGGCGAGAAGCGUCGAGUGGUCGCGCUGGGGGGCGAGGGCGGCGUUGAUGGCCGAUAUGACGACCUCGGACAGCUGGUUGAGCACCGUGGCGUACUCGGACAGCACCAGCUGGCGACGACGACGCUGCUCCUCUGUGGCGUUGGGCAUGCGGCUGGUCGAUGGAGCCGCCCCACCCUUCAACAGCGUCCGGAUGGUGGUCUUGCACUCGCGGAUGCGUCUUGAGCGCUGCUGCCCCUCUCCAUCUUGUCUGAUGAAGCGAUCGAGCACAAAGGCGGCUGCCGCGAGGGGUGUCUCGUUGGGCUGGUUCGGCUUCCCUCUGUUGAUGUCCUCGGCUGUGAGCUGGCGGCACAGCCAAUCAGCCACACAGGGGAACGCACAGGCUGCCGCCAUGUGCAGUGGCGUGCCGCCUGAGUGGUCAGUUGCCGCAAAUUCGGCUCCGUGGCUGGUAAUGAGGUCCAGGUAAGCGUCGAUGAACUGCUGGGAAAAGGCGGAAGGACGCAGAGCUGCCGAAUACACCAGAUUCAUCCCACCGAACCGCUCCGCUGCGAGUGUGCUGUCGUGUUGGGCAAGUCUGCGGUACACCAAGAUGAGCGCCGCCUCAUACUCACGAGUGGCUGAAGGGGCAGCACCGUGGAUGUGGGGAAGCUCCAUUGCCAGAAAGCCCCGCACGUUGGCCUGGCGCGCCAGGAGGGUCUGCAAGGCCGUCAGAUUGCCCGCCGCAACGGCCGCCCUGAUGGGCCUGUCCACCCCCAGGUCCUCUCCGCCGCCCGCAUUGACGGCCGCCCCGCCGUCGAUGAGUGCAUUGAUGAUGUCACCCUGCAGCUGGCGGGAGGACCACUGCGGCAGGGCGACGGACAUCAGAGAGCCAUAAGCGCCGCUCGCAUAGAGGAAUGGGUAGUUUGAUGGACAGUCGAUGGCGAAAGGCAGGCAGCUGUAUCGAAAGAGAGGGGGACGUGUGGCGCCGCGGACACGAAGGCCGCCGAUGGCUCCCGGGUCAGCUCCUUGACGUAUCAGCUGUGUGAGUUGGUCUUGGUGAGUGAAGGCGCGGCGAAUGCAGCCCUCCAGCAGCCGUUGGCUCACGGGACUGACGCCCUCGUCGGGGAUGAUGUCGACGUCAUCCAGCGUCCUGCAGCCGGGCGGCACCGCCUGUGUGUGAGGCCCUUCUGAUGCGGCAGACGACGACUGCCCCAUGACGCCAAGCGACUACAAGCGACACUCCUGCACACACAGAUACAGAUCACACAGUCACGCGCCAGUAGAC